GGUGCAUAUGCAAAACGUGAUGAACUUAUAAUAAUUAAUUGAUUGAUAAGUCGCGUAGCGAUUAUCGUCGCUUCGAUUGGUCUAGGACUGUGUGAUUCGUGUGCGCGCUUCCGUCAAAUUCAAAUGUUCACUUACAUCCAGUGUUUAUAAAGAGAAAAGGAUUGUGUACGGUCGGGAUCACCGGGAGGACAAUGAAGGACGUUUAACACGCGUACAACGUGAGCAUCCGCACGUCGACGCAUACAACCCUGCAUGCUUGGCUUGUCUGCAACCAGCAACAGCCGGUGAGAAGUCGCACCGCUCCGCUCCUGCAACGCCUUCACCGCCUGCGCGCUCGCAUUUCGUCGAGCGCUGCAACCGCAACCGCCAGCGCCAGCCAGCCGAACGUCAAAAAUUCGAGUGUCAUGUUGAACCAUAUCAACGCCACCGUUCUAACGCGAGGUAUCAUGGACAACAACACCUUGGCCAAGCAGGCACACAAGCACUACAAGAGUCCAAUCAUUCUGGAAUCCUUGGACAACACACUGAAUUCAAUCAAGAGCAUUGACAUUCAAUCAUUGGACAAUCACAUCCAUCAUACAGAUCUCACCUCCUUGGAUAUCAAUGCAGAUGAGGACAGUAACAGCAACAGUCUGGAAACAUGUUUCCUGCUUUUAGAUGAACAAGAACAGCUGAGAGUGAAAACUCCUCAGCACUUUAUCAGUUGUCUGAGGAUAACUGAUCCGCGGACCAAGGUGAAAGUAGUGGCGAUUUUCGGUAACACCGGCGAGGGCAAGUCGUAUACGUUAAAUCAAACGUUUUUCCAUGGCCAGGAAGUGUUCAGGACAAGUGCAGAGCAAGGAUCAUGCACGCUUGGCGUGUGGGCUGCCUAUGAUCCAGUCAUGCAAGUCAUCGUCUUGGACACGGAGGGGUUAUUAGGCGUCACGCGUAAUGAAAAUAGGAAAACACGCCUUUUAUUGAAAGUUUUAGCCGUUUCGGAUAUUAUUAUCUAUCGCACGCGCAGCGAGAGAUUGCAUAGAGAUAUGUACACAUUUCUAGGGGGCGCGUCGAAGGCAUACAAAGAGCAUUUUCAAGCGGCCAUUCAGCAAGUAUGGCGUAACAAUGAGCAGGAAAAACCGCCGAAUAGCCUUGGCCCAAGUGUCUUGAUAUUCCACGAGACUAUUCAUACAAAUACUUUACAAUCCAGCGCUGGGGUGACUGAAUCCCCGGAGGAUUUAUUACGCGCUCGAUUCGCUGAAUUAAAUUUGGAAUGCGACUCGUUUUCGUCCAUUAAGUACAUUGGGUUGCAGACUAAGGGCAAAGAAACCUCAUUCCAUGAACUCAAGACUGCUCUUCAGCUGGAGCUUGAAAAUACUACUGUCCGCUCAAAGCGACACCCAGAAGUUAUUCUCAAAACAUUAAAAGGAUUGAAUGAUAAAUUCAGCAGCGAAAUCAAAAGUACGCCCCCGCAUUUAUACCUCAAGGAGUAUUUCACGUGCCAAACCAAGUGUCAGUCUUGCAACAUUGGUUGUAGUCUGUCAAUGGGCCAUUGCGAGGCCGGCGAGCCGCAUACCACGUCAACUCGCUGCAAGUAUCAACAUCAGUAUGAAAAUUGCGUGUAUUUAUGCAAGCAAUGUCACAAAAAUGGACAACGUGUGGUCGUGAAACAAUGCGGUUUACCCAAAGAGUCAUUUUCGGGAAUGUUGAAUUACAUGUGGAGCGGAUACGAGAUCGAAUGCCGCAACUGCGGAAUUAUCUAUCGAAGUCGCCAGCGUUGGUUCGGCAACGAAUCGCCGGAGGAGCGCGCAGUCAUUGCGGAGAUCGUCCAUAUUUGGCCUGGGGUGGAAUCCUUUUUCCAGGAGCGGAACUACCUCGGCACAAACAAUUCGGCGCAGCGCGUUGUCGACGGCGUGACGAUGAUAACGGACGCUGUUGGGUCGGUGAUGUCGCAACCUACGAAGGUCGUCUCUAAUUGGGUGACGGAUAUUAUUGCGCCGAGUUACUGGAGGCCAAAUAAUGAAAUAACAGAAUGCCAUAAAUGUAAGAUUCCAUUCGCACCAACCGCAACGAAGCAUCAUUGUAGAGAAUGCGGGGAAGGUUUUUGUGAGGCUUGUUCAUCCCGAUCGCAGCCGGUGCCCUCCCGGGGCUGGAUGGACAACGUGCGAGUUUGUGAUGAUUGCUACAAAGAAAUCCCACCGAGUCUUUCUAAUGAAGGUGAUGAUACUGACGUCCGAGUACGUAAAUAUGGCGAAGUUGUGGCUAGUUCCAUCUCAGCUGUUGCUUCCGCUUUAGAAAUACCCAAAGAUAUUCUUUCAGGAUUUAUCAAAGAUUCUGUGCGUCCGGCGUACUGGACCCCGGAUUCUGAAUGCCUGAAUUGUGAAGUAUGCAGUAAUCCUUUUGGAAGACUGAUACCGCUGCAUCAUUGUCGUGAAUGCGGCAAGGGUGUUUGUGACGAUUGCUCUGUCAGCAAGAAACCUGUACCGUUGCGCGGAUGGCACGAACCGGUGCGUGUCUGUGAUAACUGCUGCAAUAAAUAACUGCCCACAGCAUAAAUGCGCGGUUUUUUCACCACACGUUGGCCAGUCGCGUCCGCCAUCGUAUUAAAUUGUUUCUCAUUGUUACUAUAUCCGCAUAUUGUUUAUAUUUAGCUUUAGGACCAAUGGCAAUGAGUGAGAGUGACAGCAGCGUGGAAUGGGGAGGAAUCUAUGAAAUGAAAGUGAUAUACAGAUAUAUUUGAACUUUAAAAAAUAUAGAAAUAUUAUAGUGCGGCAACUGCAUGGUGAACCAGAAGAUAUAUUUCAAAUUUAAACAAAUUAAGAUGCUAGACAUUUAACCUUUAUACUUUUAUAUAUAUAUAUUUGAUUGACGAAAAGAUUGAUACCAUCUUAAAACUCAAGUCCCAACUUAUUGUAAUACUAAGUAUAAAUUGCACAAAUUUAUUGACUCACAACUCGGUUUUACGCUCAAUAUUUUCAUUCCUGUUGGAUUCAUGAUGAUGAUUUACAGUGGCAAAUGUUUUUGUGCAAUGUGUGUGACUCUAGAUAGUUUUUGGAGGAUAAAAUAUUUAAUAAGAUCUUAAGAUAUGAACCUAGUAGGUUGAGAAAUUGAUUCUGUGUACUCGAUUUUGUUUUCUUUAUCAUGUGUGAUAUGCAUAUAGGCAAAAGAAGAAGCAUGGAUGUAAAAUCUUCACUUUAUUGCAUUAAUAAAUAAACAUUUUGUACCAAAA